GUCAUCGCUUUCAUUUGUGGAGGACUGGCUGUUUUUCUGCUGAUCCUAUGCUUGGCGUCUUCAGAGUGGCUUUUGGCGCAGGGUUGGCGACAAGGGCUGUUCGUCCACUGUGUGUCUGAAGAUGCCAUCCACCCAUUGCCAUUUGGGAUCGCGUCUGACCAAGCCGGCUGUUUCCCGAUCAGACCAGCGGUGAUAACCGUGCUGAUCGCCCUGGUCGUGUAUCCGGUGUGCUUCUCUGGUGAGCUGGACCAAGGCAACAGGGAGCUGUGGGAAUUCGGCUGGGCAUAUGGCGUUGCUUGGGGCGCAGCCAUCUUCCUUUUCGGAGGCAUAGUCCUCUUGCUACUGGACAAAGAGUCGGAAGAAAUCUACUACAAGGAACGAACGGUGGUCCAUGAAUCCGCUGCUGGGUCCGACGCUGCAUCCGGAAGCAAGGGAUGA